UACUACAGCAUUUAAAAGUUAAAAAAACUACUAGAGGGAGUCGAACGAUUGCUAUACUUCAAAAAAGGUAUAUAAUGGCUGCACGUUGUGACCUACAGAUCAAUUCACUCAUACAAAUACAAAUCUAAUAUCAAAAUGUCUGCUCCAGCCGCCAACGUUAUGCGCAGUGCCGCCCGUGCUGCUAGCACCACAAUGAAGAGAUCCGCAGGACAGGACGCCAUCACCAACUCAGCUUUCCUUGAGCGAGGGUUCGCCGCUGCUAGAGAAUCAUCCGGAACAUCGCGAUCGCUGCUGGCCAACCACACUGGCCGAACUGCCAAGACUGAUGCUGAGAGUUCAAUAUACCUAGCUUCAUCAUUCAGAGCGUAAGUUGUUCCAAGUUGCUGCCUGAUCAAAUAUCAAGUUUGUGGAAAUUUUGAGUGACGGAAUAUUCUUUCAAUACGCAACCGCCCACUGGACAACUUCAGGCGAGGCUCGAAACUCCUGCCUACUGUACCGAUAGCCUUUAUAGAUAUGGAAGCAGCUGUAUGAUCAAGAUGGGGUUGAAUAAUCGGCCUCUACUGGUCUCCCACUGGAUACCAAAAAAUCUCGAUGCCAGCGUGGAUUGCUGCAAGAUGGCUUUGCCGAGCUGUAAUGAAAGUAGUAGCACACUAAUGAUUAUCGGAAUAUGGCCGAGUGAAGUGUGCAUGGCAAUGAUGUUCAUCCGUUGCCUCGCGUCGGAGUUCAUCAGCAGAGCGCAAGUCUCGCGAUGAAAUUAGUACGUGAAUGAAAGACCAACCAUUUGUUUGGGCAUAAUUUCGCGAUGAAAUUAAUAGCGGUUAGAGACCAAACAUUAGUUUGAAACAUUAGCUAUCGAAUAAAGUCCUAUUAAAAAAUAUUAAGAGUAUUCAUAUUGUAAACUUACCGUUCAACCAGGUCGAAUGAAGAGGGUGAUACUAGUGUAAUGAUUAGUUUUAAACAUUGGCUAUCGAAUAAAGACCUUGU